AUGGCUGGACCAGGCCCCUUCGCAAGCGUCAACGACCUCGGGUUGAAGAUGCUGCAACUCGCCUGCAACAAGGAGAUCCCGACUGGGGGGAUUAUCGUGUCCCCCGCAUCUAUAGGGAUAGCUUUGGCUAUGUUGGCUGGUGCUGCUAUACCAUCAGAGAGUGAGAAGAUGUGCACUGCCCUUGGGUCUGAUAAGCCGGAAUCACUCGAUGCACUUUAUCUCAGUCUUAAAGACUGCAAAGACACCACUGCGGCGGCUAAUGCAAUCUUCGCGAAAAAGGGGACCAAGUUGGAUAAGGAGUAUGCCAGCUUUCUCCAACAAUUUGCUGUUCUGACGAAUACGGAGUUCCCGCGCUUGAUUGAUGGGCUGGAUACGAUCAAUACCUGGAUCACUAAUAACACUAUGGGUAUGAUUAAGGAUAUGAUCAAGAGAGAAAGCGUUUUACAGUCCCACAUUGUUCUCGUCAACGCGUUAUCUUACAAGGGGACAUGGAAAGAACAAUUCAAUCCGAAAGACACUACACGAAAAUACCCAUUUCAGGUCUCAGAGUCAGAAACUCGCCCCGUGGAUAUGAUGUUCCGGCUUAAUGAACAUAUUCUAGUAUACGAGGCAAAAAACUACACGGCAAUUCAGCUACCAUACCAGGCUAGUAGCCCAGCUGCGUCAACAUCGUUUAUGGCAUAUCUUCCACAUCCUGGCACGUCCGUGCAACAAGUCCUAUCUUCCAUCCCACCUCUUCAUGGGAAAAACCGAUUCACUUCAGAAAAGUUUGAUAGAUUUGGGUUCCCGAAAAUGGAAACGUCAUCGGGAAUGGAUAUACUCCCUCUCUUCAGACAGAUUGGCUUCCAUAUCCCGGGCGACUUCCCUAAGAUGGGCAUGGGAGGGAAUGUGGUGCAAAGCAUUUUGCACAAUACAGCUAUCUCGUUAGACGAAAAGGGCACUCGAGCUGCUGCAUCUACUGCCGUUAUGAUGAUGAGGUGUAUUAGGACUCCGAAAAAUCUAAUUUUCAAUAGACCUUUUGUCUUUUCUAUCGUUAUCGACUCCACUGGUGCUGCACUCUUCACUGGAGUGUUUUCUCCUGAGAGCUGA